AUGGAAAAACUAGUUAAAACGUUAAUAGCUACCAAAAAUGAUUUGAAAUUUACAUUAGCACUAUUUGGGAGCACAUGGACAUAUUACACAGCUCUAUACGAAAAAAUAGAAAACUUUGUUGACGGUAUCAAUUAUCAGUACUAUGCCGAAGGUCUUCCUAUGAAUGAUGCUGAUGCUGCUGUGACUACGUAUCAAAUCCGGGCAAGCCAAAGUAAUAUACCAAUGAGUAAAUUUUUUUAUAUAGUUAAUACAAAUCAAAAUGCAAAACGUGGUAUCCAACCGCCGGCUAGUUUUGAUGCCUAUACGCAAUUAGUAACCUCGGGUGUCACGGUGUUUAGUAUUAAUGAUGAUAAUAACAAUUAUGAUACAGAAAAGAAAUUUGCAGAAAUGCCAAACGCACCAAACGGGAAGACGUUUGAAGAUGGUCCUGGAUGGACCUUUCGGAGCAUGGGCAAACAUCAAAAUGCACAAUUAUCAUCGGAUGAUGAAGAUGAGUUAGAAGAAGAAGAAUUUAUUGUUGAACGAAUAUUAGAUAGAAGAAUUAAAAAUAAUGUUGUCGAAUAUUAUUUAAAAUGGAAAAAUUUUCCUGAUACAGAAAAUACAUGGGAACCGGAAAUGAAUCUCGAUUGUCCAGAUCUUAUUGCUGAAUUUGAACGUACAAGAGCAAAACAACAAGCAUCAGAAAAAUCAUCACCAUCAAUAAAUGCAACAAAUAAUAAACGUCGAAAUUUAAGUCCCGAUGAUGAUCAAGAUUCUCGUUCAGCAUCUAAUCAAAAUAAUGUUGAUAAUAGUAGACGUAAACGAGCAAAUGAAUAUGGAUAUGGACGUGGUUAUGACAUUGAAAAGAUUCUUGGAGCAACAGAUGUUUAUGGUGAAUUAAUGUUUUUAAUCAAAUGGAGGGAAACUGACAAACCAGAAUUAGUUCCAGCUCGUAUAGCCAAUGUUAAAUCACCUCAGACAGUUAUUAAAUUCUACGAAGAACGUUUGACAUGGGCUAAUACGGAAGAAAAUUCUACAGCUAUAAAUGAAAAAUAA